AUGUUGCACGGCUGCCCUGCUGAAGACGCUGUCGACGUAACGACAACGAUUGACGCUUGCGCCAGAGGUAUAGUGCCGACAAUUCCCCAUCGCAGAUUGUUACGUGUGGUUCAAUUGACAUGUUGUACUCUUGUAGAUGAUGGUCGAAUCGACGUCGAAAUUCCCCUCACGCUUAGCCGCCGACUUUCCAAACUCCCCGACUUCGAGGGCCUCGAUGGAGCUUCCGAGCAGCCUCCUGCAUACCAAACACACAACCAACGUAUCAUCGGCCUCAAUAUUGUAAUCCAAGUGAUCGGAAGUCGCGGCGACAUCCAGCCAUUUAUUGCACUCGCCGCCGAGUUACAAAAACAAGGCCACAGAAUCCGACUGGCUACACAUGAUGUCUUUGCCGAUUUCGUUUCGUCUUCGGGUAUAGAGUUCUUCCCGGUGGGUGGUGAUCCUUCUGAACUCAUGGCUUAUAUGGUCAAGAACCCGGGCUUGAUUCCAAACAUGGAGAGUCUUCGUGCAGGGGAUAUUCAGAGCAAGCGCAAGAUGGUAGCUCACAUGCUGGACGGACUUUGGGACUCAUGCAUUCUACCAGACCCCAAAACUGGCUCCCCUUUCGUUGCAAACUGCAUCAUAGCUAAUCCCCCAAGCUUUGCACAUGUGCAUUGCGCUCAGGCCUUGGGGGUGCCGCUUCACAUGAUGUUCACUAUGCCCUGGACCAGCACCGGAGCAUUUCCUCAUCCUCUCGCAAACAUAACCAGUUCAGAUAGACGCCGAGAACGCCAUAUUGCAAAUUAUCUCUCAUAUGAUGCAGUUGAAUUUCUGACGUGGCAGGGGCUUAGGCUCGGGGACCUUGUCAAUCAUUGGCGCGAAAACAAACUUGGCCUCGAACGCGUGCCUCUCAACGAAGGCCAUAGGCUUCUCAAAUCCCUUGAGGUGCCGUUUACAUAUUGCUGGUCACCAUCAGUGAUCCCAAAGCCUAGGGAAUGGGGCCCUAACAUAGGCGAGAUUUGUACUUUUCUUAUCAUUACUGUUACUAAUGGUGAUAUCUCCGGUUUCUUCUUCAGAGAACCUGCAGUAUAUGAGCCUCCCAGCGAUCUUGACGCAUUUUUGCAGAAAGGAAGCGCCCCCAUCUACAUCGGGUUCGGCAGCAUAGUGGUUGGUGACCCGGAUCGCCUCAUGACCCUGGUUCUGAAAGCCGUCAAUACAUUAAAGGUUCGGGCUGUUAUUUCGCGGGGGUGGAGCAAGCUUCAAGGUGAGAAGAAUCCUGCCAUUUACUACAUCGACGAUUGUCCCCAUGACUGGCUCUUCCAAUAUGUCUCGGCAGUUGUUCACCACGGCGGAGCUGGAACAACUGCAGUCGGGCUGCUAAACGCACAGCCGACAGUAGUCGUAUCAUUCUUUGGGGACCAGCAAUUCUGGGGCCAAAUGGUAGCAAAAGCUGGUGCUGGGCCCGAGCCAAUACCCUACUCUUCCUUGACUUCCAGGAAUCUCACUGAAGCAAUAGAGUUUGCUCUGGACCCAAAAGUCAAAAUUGCCGUGCAACAGAUGUCUGGGCAGAUAAGAAGAGAAUCGGGUGUUCAAGCCGCAGUCCGACACUUCCACUCUGCGCUACCCGUCGAGCGAUUAAUGUGCGACGUGAUACCAGAGCUUCCUGCAUCCUGGAGUUAUAAAGGAAAGCAUAACCAAGUAUUUCUUUCUAAGCGAGCCGAGCGAAUCUUGACAAGAUUACAAAAACUAGAUAAAAAACGUUUGAGAUUCCAUCAACCGAAACCGACUUACAUUGAGAGCCGCCGAUGGGAUCCAAUUACUGCCGCUGGCUCAGCAUCAGUAGAAGUUGCCGCCGGAAUGGCAGACGCAACAGCUGGUAUCUUUGUGAAGCCAUAUGACAGGGUCAAGGAGCACCGCACCAGACCUAGUUCACCCUUAGACGGCGAAUCUAGCGACACCCGCUCACAGAGUACCGAAAGUAAAAGCGACUCAGCAACAGCAAAGGAUGUUGUGGGAGCCUUUUCAAAAAGCUUGGGAAAAUUGGCCAUGACUUCGACCAAAGGGGUCUUGGUCGAUAUUCCGAUCGCAGUCACAGAUGGCCUUCGUGCUGUCCCAAACCUGUAUGGUGAAGACGUGAGACAGCGCGGACGCAUCACCGAUUUCAAGUCUGGUGCUGUUGUGGCGGGCAAAAACUUUUGCGACGGCAUGUUUGAAGCCGUCACCGAUGUCGCCGUCUACACAUACCACGGGAAGCGCGAGGAGCAAGCAAUAGGGGCUGCGAAGGGUUUGGGCAAGGGUAUGCUGAAUCUUGUCACAAAGACUACUGCAGCUACCUUGGGACUUAUCACGUACCCGGUCCAGGGACUUCAGCGGAGCAUUCAUUCUGCAGUGAUGACUAAAACGCCCAAGAUGAUUGAAGAAUGUUUGAGGGUAGAAGGAGAUUGGAUCCUUGAAAAGACUCCAGCGGCUGAUGAUGAAAUUCGUGCUGUCAUUGCCGAUUUCGAAACCCUUUCUGAAAGUAAGACCGCAAAGAGUCGAGCUAGGUAG